AGCAUUACGCCCCGGAAUCACAGAAGGUCCGCCGUUCUCCCCAAGGUCAACGCGAUACUCUCAAAUUUUGGAUCCAACAAUCGUUUACUCAUCUCAAAUACAAGCUAACAAUAGAAAACAUUCUGAUACCGGUCUUGUCUUGACACAAAAUGUCAGGACAUCACCACCACAAUCAUGACCAUGGCGGACAUUGCCAUGGAGAGGAUGGACAUGAUCAUUCGAACGAUAUCACCCCUGCUAUUCAGUCCCUUCUUUACUCACAGAUUGCUUUCGAUGCUAUUACCACAUUGAACGAAGCCACACCUAAAUCAGGAACUGCUAUUGUGCAGAAGACAUGGGCUGACCGAUUAAAUGAUGAGCCUGAACUCGAAAGCGAUGCGGAUGAGCAGCUCUUAAUGUACAUCCCAUUCACUGGACAAGUCAAGUUGCACUCCUUGCUCAUCUACACCGCACCCACACCAUCUGCACCCAAAACUUUGAAGCUCUUCAAGAACCGGAAUGAUCUAGAUUUCGCAACUGCCUCAGAUUUGACACCCACGCAAACAAUCGAGAUCCCACAGCCAGUUCCAGGAUCUGACGUUUUUGAGCUGCCCCUCAAUCGCGCUCAUUGGAAUGCGACUACUUCAAUCACCUUGUUCUUCGAAGACAACUGGAGCGGCGGAGAAGAGGAUGUGACAAAAGUUGGAUAUAUCGGUUUCAAAGGCCAGUUUAUGGCUCUGAACCGUGAACCGGUCAGUUUCCUCUAUGAAGCUGCUGCAAAUCCUAGUGAUCAUGUAGCUAUUCCCGGUGUCAGCGGAGUAGGAGGGAGAGUAAUGCCUGGUCAAUGAGUCCUUCGCUCCAUGACUGGAAAUUAUGGCGUACGAGACGACAGAUAGCUAAGGUAGAAGUGUUUCCAUGCCUGUCGUGUUGCUUUUUUGGAGCGGCUCAACUCGAUUAUGUACAUGACUCCAGAUGAAACUAAUGAUAUGAAACUGGCGUCUGCUGUAUAAUAGACGCAAUUCGACCGGAAAUAUGGCCGAUGCAAGCUUUAAGCUUUCAUGGCUGAAGUUCUAUCUCCAGA